AGAGCCGGGGACGCGGCCUCAGGCGGGGCUUCGGGGCCAGCGGCUGCGGAGCUCCGGGUUGUGACGGCCCGGACCGGCGGGCAGGGCCCCGGGGACGGCGGGCAGGGCCCUGCGAGGCCGCCGUGAGGAGUGUGCGGGAUCCACGCCCAGGGCCGAGAUGGAGAAUUACAGGCUCAGAGCGGGGAAUUGACGACCCCCAAAACCCGUCCUGUGGUCAAGGGCGCCCAGUGGAAUCAUAGUCCUGGCGAACCGUGGCCGAGGGAAGAACUGUUUGGCACCCACAGGUCCCUGGAGCUGCUGACCGUGGGACCAGAAUGCCAGCAGGAAGGGAAGCAGCCAGGACGGCCAGGCCCUGUGUGCUGAUGGCUAGCAGAUGGCUACACCUGCUCUGGGUCCUGUUGCUGGUGGAGACGGUGUCUGGGUCCUGGGGCCUGUCUCUGGGGGCUCCUGUUCGCCCCCAGGUCCCUGUCUCAGGCGUGAACCAGGCCCCCAUGGCAGACUGUCGCAGUGUGUGUAGCCUGAACGUCUCUGACCGCUGCAACUUCAUCCGGAGCAACCCUGACUGCCGCAGCGACGGCGGCUACCUGGACUACCUUGAAGGAGCCUUCUGCCACUUCCACCCCAGCCUCCUCCCACUGGCCAUCACCCUCUAUGUUUUCUGGCUGCUCUACCUGUUUUUGAUCCUGGGGGUCACAGCCGCCAAGUUCUUCUGUCCCAACUUGUCGGCCAUUUCCCGCACGCUCCAGCUCUCCCACAACGUGGCAGGCGUCACCUUCCUGGCCUUUGGAAACGGUGCACCUGACAUCUUCAGUGCACUGGUGGCUUUCUCAGACUCACGCACCGCCGGCCUGGCCAUCGGGGCACUGUUUGGUGCUGGCGUGUUGGUCACCACCGUGGUGGCCGGGGGUAUCGCCAUCCUGCACCCCUUCACAGCUGCCUCCAGGCCCUUCCUCCGGGACGUGUCCUUCUACAUGACGGCUGUGUUCCUGACCUUCACCGCCCUCUACUUCGGCAGGAUCACGCUCGCGUGGGCCCUUGGUUACCUGGGGCUGUAUGUGUUCUACGUGGCCACCGUCAUCCUCUGCACCUGGAUCUACCAGUGGCAGCGGGCGAGAUCGUUGGUCUGCUCCGCGCCGGGGACUCCAGAGAUGCUCUCAGAGUCUGAAGACGACUUGGUCUCUUCCAACACCAACAGCUAUGACUAUGGGGACGAGUACCGGCCGCUGCUCUCCCAGGAGACCACGGCUGAGAUCCUGGCCAGGGCCCUCAACCCUUUGGACUCCAGGAAGUGGAGAAUUAAGUCGGCAUCCUGGAGGGCCCUCAAGGUGUUGAAGCUGCCCGUGGAGUUCCUGCUGCUUCUCACCAUCCCCGUGGUGGACCCGGACAAGGAUGAUAAGAACUGGAAACGGCCCCUCAACUGUCUGCACCUCGCCAUCAGCCCUCUGGUCGUGGUCUUGACCCUGCAGUCAGGAGCCUAUGGCGUCUAUGAGAUAGGCGGCAUCCUUCCCGUCUGGGCAGUGGUGGUGAUGGCUGGCACGGCCUUGGCGUCCAUCACCUUUUUUGCCACAUCCAACAGCGAGCCUCCCAAGUUCCACUGGCUCUUUGCUUUCCUGGGCUUCCUGACCAGUGCUCUGUGGAUCAACGCGGCUGCCACAGAGGUGGUGAACAUCUUACGGUCACUGGGCAUAGUCUUUCGGCUCAGCAACACCGUCCUGGGCCUCACGCUACUGGCCUGGGGGAACAGUAUCGGAGAUGCCUUCUCGGAUUUCACCCUGGCCCGCCAGGGCUACCCACGGAUGGCGUUCGCAGCCUGCUUCGGCGGCAUCAUCUUCAAUCUCCUGGUGGGCGUCGGGCUGGGCUGCCUGCUGCAGAUCUCACGCAGCCACGCCGAGGUUAAGCUGGAGCCAGCCGGCCUGCUGGUGUGGGUCCUGGCCGGCGCCCUGGGCCUCAGCCUGGUCAUCUCGCUGGUCUCCGUCCCACUGCAAUGCUUCCAGCUCAGCAAAGCCUACGGCCUCUGUCUGCUCCUGUUGUACCUGAACUUCCUCAUCGUGGCCCUUCUCACGGAGUUUGGGGUGAUUCACCUGAAGAGUGGGUGACGGCAGCUGUGGGGUUCUGUACCUAGUGGAAGGGGUCACAGUGGGCAGGUGGGGUCCCCUGAGUGUCUGCUGGAGACAGGAGAACUAAGUCCCUCUGGCUGCCAGCAUCUGGCAGCAUCACACAGGGACUUGGCCGGGGAGCUUCUUUGUGGACCGAGUCCCUGAGGGAAGCAGGACACUCGUGGAACGACCUGUAGCCACUGCAAGGAGGGCUGGAGUUUAGGGUCAAGGGAUGUUGGGGUGCCCCUCCUGGACUGCCUGGAAGACCCCUAAAGCAUGCACACGGGAAGUACCUGCAGGGGCUCCGCCCUGGCUUAAGGUACCCCUCGUGGGAUCCAGGCCUCCAGUUGUCGCCCAGCCUCGGCCACAGGGACCCAGACCGAGCAGGUGCCUCAAUGGAUGUCCUGCUCAUGAGGCCGAAUGCUGCAGGGGUGAGCUGGCGCUGGUGUGCUUCACUGAACCUGGUGGCUGCACAGUGACCCCAGCCUGCCUUGAGGCUGCUUCCUGGGACCUUGCCAUGGCCCUGGCACAUCCUCCCUGCCCACAGCUGGGGCCCCCGGAUACAAGAUGGGAGGCCACUGGCUGUGUCCUAUGCCUACCUCAAGCCGAGAGGACCACUGCCCUGGGCCCUCUGGCUCCCAGCUGUGCCCUAACCUUUCCAACAGGCAGCUGCUGCCUGGCUUACCCUGGUGGUAAAGCAAGAGACUUGACUGUCUGACUUCUCCCUCAAGGGAUUAAAUAUUUCACAGUUAAAACCAAAGCUGCCUCCUUAGUGCCACCUCUG